AUGCCUCCAUCUCCCCUUGACGACAGAAUUGUGGUGGCGCUGCCAAGGCCGAUCCGACCUCAGGAACUCCAACUGCGACUGGACACCAGCUACCUGGACUCCAUCGCCUCCACCAGCAGCGACGAGACGGUCAUCAGCGCCACCGUGGUGAAGAUUCGGGCGACGGCCAAUCUUGUGACGUAUAUGCCCUCAUCCAAGGGUUCCACGCGAUCCUUGUCGUGUGGAUGUAGCAGUGCAAGCUGCUGUUCUGUCACCACCUAUGAGAAGGACAGCCCUAGCCUGAACCAGAGUCAGGUGAGCGCCAGUAGCCCCAACCUCAGCUAUGCCGGACCCUCUAUGUUCAGCAACCACGAUACAUUAAGCGCCUCCAGCCUCGCCCAGGGCGUACCUAAGGCGCACCCGUCCACCACUGUGAGAAUCAUUCACCCCAAUGAGUUGGCAAAGCGGAUGACCUGCUGCCCCAUGGGUCACCCCAUUGGGCCCGUGCCGGUCAUCAUCGACUGCCGGGCCUUCACGGAGUACAACAAAAGCCACAUCCGGGGGGCUGUGCACAUCAACUGCUCUGACAAGAUCAGUCGGCGGAGGCUGCAGCAGGGAAAGAUCACUGUGCUGGACCUCAUCUCUUGCCGGGAGGGCAAGGACUCAUUUAAGGGCAUCUUCUCCAAAGAAAUUGUGGUCUACGAUGACACCACGGCGGACCCCAACAGGCUGGCGCCCUCGCAGCCUCUCAACGUGGUUCUGGAGUCUCUGAGGAGGGAGGGCAAAGACCCCAUCAUUCUCAAAGGAGGCCUUAACUGUUUCAGGCAGAGCCACGAGAACCUGUGCGAACACUCGCUGCAUCUUCACGAAAGUCUGGAAUCGGGCGCAGCUGCCGGCCUCUCGGGGGCGCUACCUCACACCCUGCCCUCCACUCCGGACAUCGAGAAUGCGGACGUGACGCCCGUUCUGCCCUUCCUUUACCUGGGCAACGAGCGCGACGCUCAGGACAUCAAUUUGCUGCAACACUUGAACGUCGGCUACAUCCUAAAUGUGACCACCCACUUACCACUUUUUCAUUACGACACGGGCCUGUUCAUCUACAAGCGUCUGCCCGCCACCGACAGCAACAAGCAGAACCUUCGCCAGUACUUUGAGGAGGCAUUUGAAUUUAUAGAGGAAGCACACCAAGCUGGUAUGGGCCUUCUGAUCCACUGCCAGGCUGGCGUCUCUCGCUCAGCCACCAUCGUCAUCGCGUACUUGAUGAAGCACACCUGGAUGACCAUGACGGAUGCCUACAAGUUUGUCAAAACCAGAAGGCCCAUCAUCUCCCCGAACCUCAAUUUCAUGGGCCAGCUGCUGGAAUUUGAGGAAGACCUCAACAACGGAAUCACGCCACGGAUCCUCACGCCAAAGCUCAUGGGUGUGGAGACUAUUGUCUAA